AUGCUAGUCCUGUGGUACUUGUAUCUCUGCUUUGCCACUGCGUUUGCAUCCGAAGUUCAUGAAUUUUACUUCAAUGUUGAAUAUGUCAAUGCAAACCCCGAUGGCGUGUUUGAGAGACAAGUGAUUUCAUUUAAUGGCUCGUGGCCACUGCCUACGAUUGAGGUCAGUAGAGGGGAUAGGGUAAAAGUUCACCUUACGAACAGUCUUGAGGAUACAACUACCUCCUUGCAUUUUCAUGGGUUGAAAAUGAAGGGAAAAGUUCAUAUGGAUGGUCCAGUUGGCGUCACACAAUGUCCGAUAAGUCCGGGUGAGACCAUGCUGUACGACUUUGUUGUUGAACAAGCAGGCACAUACUGGUAUCAUAGUCAUAGUGGGGCACAAUAUAGUGAUGGUAUGAGGGGGCUCUUAAUUGUUCAUGAUAAGGAGUUGGAAUCAUUAUAUGAAUUUGAUAAAGAGUUAAGUUGGAGUAUCAGUGACUGGUAUCAUGAUUCGAGUUCCGUGCUAGUGAAAAAGCAAUUGACAAAAUAUAACCCAACAGGCGGCGAACCUGUACCACAAAACAUAUUGUUUAACGACUCAAGGAAUGUUACAAUCAGCAUCGAUUACGAUACUGCUUAUCUAAUUCGAAUUGUUAAUGUUGGUAUUAUGGUUUCUCAAUAUUUUAGUAUUCCGGGAUACGAAUUUGAUAUUAUUGAAGUUGAUGGUGUUUACACUCACCCUAAGACAGCAACCAUGGCAUAUUUGGCAGUUGGUCAAAGAAUGUCUAUUAUAUUGAAAACCAAAUCUAGGGAAGAUGUUUCUUCUAAUAUUUUGAUUUUCACGGCGAUGGAUGAGGAUAUGCUAGAUAUUGUUCCCGAUGACUUGGAAUUAAAUUCCUAUAACUAUAUGAGUUAUGAUGGAGCUCUACCGGAACCAAAAAUUCCAAACUGGGUAACGGAUAGAGAAAGUUUCAAUCCAAUUGACGAUAUGGACUUGGUUCCUAUGAAAAAGAAACCUUUAUUUGAAGAUCCAGAUCACAGAAUAGAAGUAGUUCUACACAUGGAGAAUUUAGGUGACGGUAUCAGCUACGCAUUUUUCAAUAAUGUGACCUAUGUUGCACCAAAGGUUCCCACACUAUUGACUGCCUUGAGUGCACCUGAAAACUUGGUAAAAGAUUCCAGAAUUUAUGGUUCUAAUACCAAUAGUUUCAUUCUAAAUCAUGAUGAGAUAGUAGAAAUUGUUGUCAACAAUGAAGAUGACGGUAAACAUCCAAUGCAUCUGCAUGGCCACCAGUUCCAAGUUGUUGCACGUUCACCUGAAUUGGAAGAACCUAGUCACUACAAUCCCGAAAAUCAAACAUUCCCGCCAUUCCCAAUGAUGAGAGACACAGUCAUGGUCGAAGGUGGCGGAUUUCUUGUCCUGAGGUUUAAGGCGAAUAAUCCUGGUGUCUGGUUUUUCCACUGCCAUUUAGAUUUCCACCUUGAGCAGGGUUUGGCUCUCACCUUGGUCGAAGCACCAGACUUAAUUAAUAUCACGCUACCAGACGAUCAGCUGAACAUUUGUAAAACUGCAGGUAUUCCGACAAAGGGUAAUGCCGCUGGUAAUGCAGAGGAUUUCUUGAAUCUAGAGGGUGAAAAUGUCCAACCCAAACCCCUACCUGAUGGAUUUACGGCCAAGGGCUAUUUUGCACUAUUUCUAUGCACUGCUAUAGCACUAUUUGGCUUGAAAUCAAUCUAUGAUUUUGGUAUGCACGAUAUAUUACAAACCGAAUCAGAGAAAAUACAGAUUGAAAAAAAAGUUAUAGAAAAAUAUAUCGACCUUUUGGAGCAGAUGAAAUCUAACGAUACCGAUGAACCGUUCGAAGUCGAUCAACUGUUACAAAAGGCAAUAAAUUUGAACGAAAGAUUUUCUAAAUUUUAA